AACUAUUUUCAAAGAAAUUAGACAUUGAUUGAGGACAAGAUAAGGAGAAAUUAUCUCUACUGAUAAAGGAUAUUAUAAAUUAGAUAGAUAAUUAUUGGUUUCACUUCAGUAUUUUCGAUCACACGCGCAAAAUGGAAAUCAGUAAAAAUCUACCCCUUGAAAAGACUGCAUUAAUUGUUGAAUUUAACAAUGAGUCUACUCCCAGUAAUUCUGGUUACUUAGGUUCAUCAAGCAAUGAAAUAAAUAAUCAAACUAAUAACCAGGAAAAUACAUUAGAAGGACAGCUGAUUACUCAUGAAUUUGAAGCAUCCGUUUCACAUAAACUUUCUUUGAAAGAUGUAAUGCCUCAGGUCAUGAUGAGCUGCUUAGCACAUUGUAUUGUUAUUCAAGCUGGCAUAAACAUGGCUUACAGCACAAUUUUAGAAGAUGGAUUAACAAAGGAUUUUUCUGCUACAGUAGAUCAAUUAUCUUGGACAGCAAGUUUGGUAACUAUUGCACUGCCACUUGGAUCUUUUAUUGUUGGACCUUUAAUGGAUUUAUUUGGAAGAAAAAAAAUAUGUUUGGCAUCAUGCAUACCAGGUUUAAUUUCCUGGAUCAUAUUGAUAUUUGCCAAUUCAAUGACAAUGAUUUAUAUUGCACGAAUAAUUGCUGGCUUAUCAGGAGGAUUAUCAACUGUUGGAAUUGUGUAUAUAUCAGAGAUUACACAUCCAAACAUAAGACCUAUGUUACUAUGUUUCAACUCAAUUUUUGUUUCACUGGGUAUUUUAUUGACGUACUGUCUAGGUGUAUGGCUUACAUGGAAAAAGAUGGCUAUUGUAUUUUUAGUUCUUCACAUAUUCAUAUUUUUUAUAUUAUUUCUCAUACCCGAAAGCCCUUACUGGAUAAAGUGUUUUAGAAAUAAAAACUCAGAAGAGCAAGCAAAUAAAUUAGAAGCAGUUCUAAAAAAAUUAAAUAAGUCUGAAGAAAUUUAUAAUCAAGAAUUGAAACGUAUAAGUGAAGUUUCCCAAAAUCAGAAGACAAAUGAUUUACCAAAUGAUUCGUUUGUGAAAAAGUGUUUAUAUUUUUAUCAUCAAUUAGGAACUACAACUGUUUACAAACCAUGCAUCAUUUUGUUAUUUUUAUUUCUGUUUCAACAACUUACUGGAACUUAUGUGAUUAUAUUUUAUGCUCUAUCUGUAUUUGAUAAACUAGGAGGGCAAUUUGGAAAAGGAUUAAACAAGUAUGGUGCUAUGGUUAUCCUUGGCAUAAUACGCUUCCUUAUAAGCAUACUCACAGCAUUUUUCAGUAAGAAAUUUGGACGACGCAUACUUUUAAUAACAAGUGGACUGGGUAUGGCUUUUUCCAUGUUUUUUUCAGCUAUGUAUUUAUACAUAACUUCGUCACCAGAUGAAAGUGGUAAACUAAAAGAAGUCAUGGCAGAUCAGAAAUGGCUUUUACUUGUGAUUGUUCUUUUAUUCGUGUGCACAAGUUGUUUAGGCUUUGUAAUUAUUCCAUGGACAUUGAUUGGAGAACUACUACCUAUUUCAGUUAGAGGCAUGAUAGGAGGUUAUAUGGUAUCUAUUGCAUAUAUAAUGAUGUUUGGAAUGAUAAAAGGAUAUCCAUAUAUUAUUGCAGAAAUGGGUACACAAGGUGUAUUUUUCUUCUUUAGUGUUACAUCACUUAUAAGUGUUGGUUUUGUAUAUGUCUUUUUACCAGAAACUUUGGGAAAAUCAUUUACUGAAAUAGAAAGAUAUUUCAAAAAUUGAAGUUACAAUCUAACAGAUAAACUAAGUUUAUAUUAGCAUUGAUUUUUUUUAUCAUUAUAGAAUUUCAAAUAAGCAAUAGAUUUUACUGAAAUUAAAAAUAAGAACAUUAUCUUAUAUUAUAUAAGUUUUAAGGCAACUCGUUUUAAUCAAUGAAUGUUUUCAAAUUAUUGUCAGGUAAUAUGAAAAUACCUAAUUGUGCAAAAAUAAUCACAUAAGAC